AUGACGGUGUCGAUGAUUCCAAGAUCUGAAAAAGCUCUCGUUCCGACUGCGGAUCUUUUGUCAACACCUGUGGAGGAGACGACUGCAUUUCUUACGGCCGAAAAAAAGAUGGGCCUUCUCUCACGUCUUCUGUCUUUUUUUAAACCCUCGAAUAUAUGGAAUAGACUCGCCUCAUCUUGGAUCAUGAGACUUUUUAAGCCCCACAUCUACUUGCGAUACGCCCCAGACAAAGAGGCAGCAGCAUUUCAACUACUAAAAAAAGCGCACGUUGACAAGGUGGAGAAGAAUCUUUUCAAUAGUCGUGAGUUCCAAACGUGGGCAAGAUACUUUGAGAAGGCCUUUCCAGAAAAUCCAAUGAUAGGGUUUGAAUUAAUGAUGUCAACACUGGCGGAACACGAGACGAGCAAAUUCCUUGACUCUAUUCCGACUACGAAGGCUGUCGACGGCGAUUUGGUUCUUAGCGACCACUUUGCAAUCGCGCUGAUUGACUUUCUUGCCAAAGUUGAGGAGACUAAGGACUCGAAAGCUUUUGUUGAAAGCCUUGAAGACUCACUGCUUAAACUAAGUGCUAACCUGAAGGCAGUUGAUAGCUCAAAAGCCACUGGUGAGCUAAUAGAAGGUGAAAUCCUUCAUCGAUGGCUCAACAGCGGCGGUCGGAAACUAAUUGACAUUUAUAAUCUACCGAAACUGCAGAAGUGGUAUUUUUCUCAGCCUCAACAGGAGCAGAGUGAUCUUACCAAAGCGUUACACCUCGAGUUGCAGGAGCAAGGAUUCGGUUGGACAGCCUUUGGUGAUGCGUACAUUGCAGCUGAAGACGGCGCCGCUAAGACAAUUGCAACGGAUAUUGUAAAGUUCAUACUGGAACAAAAUCUGGUGCAGCUGAAUUUGGAGAAAAUGAAUGAUGGUUUGGACAGGCUUUCUUUCGACUUGUGGGUUAACACUGCAAUUGAUUUACAAGCUGACCCUGUUAAGAUCGCGUUGCCAUUAUUGAGAAAAGUCGCAAGUGAUGAGGUGAUUCUAAAAUAUUGUGCCUCGGAAACUUCUGAACAAAACUUUCGCGCUAAGUCAUUGAUGCGAUCAUCGAGUCAUCGCCAGUAG